GUGAUUGCAGUUCACAAUAAGUCCCAUGUCAGCUGUUAUUUCAACUCCAACUUGGGACCAGGAGACGGUCAUGUCCAAACACAUGCGCUUGUCCACAACUACCACACGUACUGUUUCUUUCAUUCUAUUUUCUUCUCCAUCCAGAUGUCCAUUCAGUAUGGAGCCAGAUGGUCUGGAUACCUUCCCAAUAGUGGGAGAGGUGCUUUUGACACACGCACACAGGACGCUGUUUUUUUAUUUAUUUUUUAACAUAAAUCCCUCUCAGAUGGAAGAUUAACUCUCCUCAUUAGGCCCCCUCCUGUUCCCCUUGUCCCUCCUACCUCUCCCUCGUGCGUGCCUUGCGUUUGCUGCCAUUGGCUGCCUCUAUCAGGACCACCAUAAACCGGAUCCAUGCUGACUUCGGGGCACAGGGACAGCGAGGAAGAAGAGGGGUGGGUGGAUUUUGCUACGAUAACAGAGGAAGCGACCACUCACCAAAUCUGGUGCCGGGAUCAAGAGGGGGGUGUGGAAAGCAGUUUAAAGGGGUUCAGAUCCAGAGGAGGAAAGGGGCGACCGACAACAACAACAACAACAACAACAACAUGGGAUUAGGCAUCAACCGAGCAAUCAGGAAAGACGGUUUAAGUCAAAGCAUUAAAUAUCCCCGACGACUGUAUUUGUGUCAUUGGAUAUCUGUUCCUGAAAGGCAGGAAGGAUGAAAUAAGGUAAAAAAAAAAAAAAAUGCUCGCAAUGACAUUUCUAUGAGUGGAGAGAAACUGACAUUACUGGAGCACAGAGAUAGAAAGGGAGAGCGUAGCAUCGCCGGAUAUGAAAGAAGAGCAUGCGUCAGCUCUAAAACAGUGCAAAGGAGGAGUCAGCGAGACGGUGACAGAGGAGGUGAGGCAAUUUUGGUCGUGGAAAUCGAGCCUUUUCGGAUCCCUACCUUUAGGUGCCGCAUGGUGUCUCCUUAUUUCGUUUCUCCUUUCCACCUGCAGCAGCUCCGCUGAGGACCCAACUAAGCGAUUUCUAUGUCCGGACUGAACAAUGACCACCAACUGAAUGUGAACUUGGACAACACAACAUUUGCGGCUAAAAGGCGGAUUUGCGGAGGAUCGCCUUUCCGGAGCCCACCAGAAUCCUCCAUCAAAUCCGUUAUUGCAUAGACCAGCACUUGGGCAGCGAGCGCGGCCGUUAUCAGUGAACCGUGAGCUCUUUGUCUAAGCUGACUCGACACAAAAUGAGGACCACAAUGACGGUCGGAGUAUUGCAGCGUCGCAUGUAAAUGAACUCCAAGCGAUGCAAAAGCAGGGAACGCCGCAAGCGGAGGGAAAACAGAAACCGUGAAGCGAGCUGAAGUGAGCCUCUGACUUGACGACAUCGCUUCAGUUGCACUUGGAAGAUAUUAAUCAGAUGCGGAAGUGCUGCCAUGGGGGAGACGGCAGAAUACCAGAGGCUGCAGGAGACGUCCGAAUCGGACGGCCGCUGCGUAACCGGUGAUGAUGAAGAGAAACUGGGCAAUAAUAUGCAGCAGUGUGAGGAAGGCACAGAGUGGCUGCUGGAGCUGCUGAUCGAAGUCCAGUUGCAGCAGUACUUCCUGCGAAUCCGAGAUGACCUCAACGUCACGCGGCUCUCCCACUUCGACUAUGUCAAGGAUGAAGACCUGGAGAAGAUUGGCUUGGGUCGACCUGGGCAGAGAAGACUGUGGGAGGCUGUAAAGAGGAGGAAAGCCAUGUGCAAGCGCAAGUCCUGGAUGAGCAAGGUGUUCAGCGGUAAGCGUCCAGAUGGGGCAGACUUUCCCCAGCAGGGCCAGCCCGCCUCCUCCUACCGUAAACGGUCUCCCACACCACCCCUGGGCCCGGUGGAGGGGCUCCUGGCCACACAUUCCACCGAGGACAUUUCCCUCGAUGGCCAACGGCAGUCUCUGACCUGCCUCAUCCCGGAGAAGGACCUGACUCUCCUGGAAAAACUCGGUGACGGCUCUUUUGGCGUUGUGAAGAGAGGCGAGUGGCUGACCCCUACAGGGAAGAUGAUAAACGUCGCUGUCAAAUGUUUGAAGCCAGACGUGCUCAGCCAGCCCGACGCUCUGGAGGAUUUCAUCUGUGAGGUCAACGCCAUGCACUCGCUGGAUCACCAGAACCUCAUUCGCCUCUACGGUGUGGUGCUCACACACCCAAUGAAGAUGGUGACCGAGCUGGCGCCACUUGGUUCCCUGCUGGAGCGCUUGCGGCGCGUCCACCCACAGGGCCCCGUGUUGAUCCACACUCUGUGCCAGUAUGCAGUGCAGGUGGCCUGUGGCAUGGCCUAUUUGGAGCAGAGGCGCUUCAUCCACAGGGAUCUGGCGGCCAGGAACAUCCUGCUGACAUCAGCCCACAGAGUGAAGAUCGGCGAUUUUGGCCUGAUGAGGUCACUCCCGAACAAUCAUGAGCAUUAUGUCAUGCAGGAACACCGAAAGGUUCCCUUUGCGUGGUGCGCCCCCGAGAGCCUCAAGACCAGAACCUUCUCUCACGCCACUGACACGUGGAUGUUUGGUGUGACUCUCUGGGAGAUGUUCACACAUGGCCAGGAGCCUUGGUUAGGCCUCAAUGGGAGCCAGAUACUGCAUAAAAUUGAUAAGGAAAGUGAACGCCUCCCGAUGCCAGACGACUGCCCGGCGGAUAUUUACAAUGUCAUGUUGCAGUGCUGGGCACAGAAAUCAGAUGACAGACCUACUUUUGUAGCCCUGCGGGAGUUCCUACUUGAAAGCAUGCCCACGGACAUGUGCGCACUGCACGACUUUGAUGAGCAAGAUAAGCUGCUGAUCCAGAUUGAUGAUGUCAUCACAAUCAUUGACGGCAGAGCCGAGAACUAUUGGUGGCGAGGUCAGAAUAAGCGCACUCUGAAAGUGGGAGCGUUUCCCAGGCACGUGGUGACCUCAGCGGCGGGUUUGUCCGAUCAUGACAUCAGCCGACCGCUCAAGAACAGCUUCAUCCACACGGGCCACGGAGAUGCCGAUCCUCAUCGAUGCUGGGGCUUCCCUGACAGGAUUGAUGAGUUGUAUCUUGGGAAUCCAAUGGAUCCUCCUGAUGUUCUUGGUUUGGACCUCAGUGCAGCUCGGCCCACUCAGCUACCAGGGCGAGCUAAAAAAGAGUCUCCUCCUCGCCCUCCUCAACCAGCAGUGCUAUUCAAGAGUAAGUCUGGUUUCUCUCAGCAGCUCCUCACCCAUUGCUCCUGCCCUCUCUGUUCCCUUCUAGCUCCACUCUUCAAAGAGCCUUGUUACGAUGCGGUGAAUCGGGAUGAGGACUUUACAUAUGCAGGACCGAAGAGGCGGUCACUUCGGAAAACAAGCUCCGUCAAAGGCCUCAAACUUAGACCAACGGCCUGGAUCUCUUCUUCCAAACAGGGGACGGACAAGACAUUUGAGUCAAGCCACUACCCCUGGAGAGAAGUGUCCCUCAUUGACUUUGGGGAAGACUCGCCCUCGCCCACACCCUCCCCGUCACCUGUGGUUGAAAUUGCAAUCCCCAGUCUCGCAAAGCUGGCUUUGGGAGCAGAGAAUCUCUUGGAUCGGACACCUCCUCAGAGUCCCUCCAAGUCGUUACCCCGCCCUCUUCACCCCACGCCGGUCAUGGACUGGGAUGCACGGCCCUUACCCCCGCCCCCGGCGUAUGACGAUGUAGCGCAAGAUGAAGACGAUAUGGAGGUGAGUUCCAUCAACGGCACGGAGCGGCAGCACAGUGACGAGCAGAAGAAUGUUCGUAACCCAGAGGAGGAUCUCUCCUCUGGACAGGAAGUGGAGGGUGUGAGCCGUGUCUCCAGAGUUACAGACAAACCAGGCCUCGACGAUAACCUCUUUCUCCCCAGCAAGCACAGCCGGGGCCCGACUACCUCUUUCUCCCAAUCUGCCGAAAUAUUCCAGCAACUCCAGCAUGAUUGCAUGAGGAGGCUGAAUGUGCCAACAUCUCAGAGUUCAUCCUCACGUCUGCAGGCACACCAGUCCUCUGCUGAGGACAGACCCCAGGUGCCCCCUCGUGUCCCUAUUCCCCCUCGCCCAAUAAAAAGGGGCGACUACUCCUUUGCUCGUUGGUCGAGGGACCUCUCUCUCUCCCUGAUCCCGGCCGACGUCCCCGAAGACAUUUCCAGCUCGGAGCAGGACCGGCCACCGCAAAUCCCUCCGAGGGAACCUUUGUCACAGCCUGGCUCCAGGACUCCCAGCCCAAGAGGCCUGGAGGCGGGCUCCCCACAGCAGAGAGUCCACUCUGCCAGUCCCACCACCGUGUCCCUUGCCCUUACAACCUGCCACUCCUCACACGCCUACAGCUCCUACCUCUCCACCUCUCCAGGUAAAUUGAUGCCGACUACGCACAGCUUUGCUUCAGAUCCCAAAUACGCUGCACCCAAAGUGAUCCAGGCACAGGGGACGGACUUUGUAAACAAGAGCCCCUGCAUUCUCCCCAUAGUCCGUGACGGACGAAAAGUCAGUAACACUCACUAUUACCUCCUGCCAGAGAGGCCGCCCUACCUUGACAAAUACGACCGCUUCUUUAGGGAGGCCGAGAGCCUGACUGGCAGCACUGUGGAGGGCAGACGCGUACGGCAAGCUAACACCGCUACCGUCCGACCAAUGGUGCUCAGCACUUUGCAGGGGCAGGCCCAGGGACAGGGGAUCGUCCCACUGGGUGAGCUGAAGACUCAUUUGUCCUCCAACAAUAACAGCAAUCUUGGACCGUGGACGAGUGUUUGCACAGAAAGUUUGACAGCACCGGCGGGCACCGUUUAUUGUGCCACGGCAAACGCAUCGGAAAACUCAGCUGACAGAGUCAAAGUGGUGCAGGAGGCAGUUCACGGCGUGACGAUAGAAGAGUGCCAAACUGCCCUCCAGAACCACAACUGGAAUAUUGAAAAAGCUGUGCAUUAUCUGAAGGUGGAGCAGUUGUUUUGUUUGGGUCUGAGGAGCCGGCCCGAGUGUCUCAAGCUGCUCGAGACGUGCGACUGGAACUUGGAGCUGGCCGGUACUCACAUGUUGGAUGACUACGGAUCCGCAACACAACAGAGGCUGUAAGGAAACUUCUCGGGCUGCAGAACUUUGAUUGGAACUUCCUUCAUCCUCACCAAAACAUCUGUGGACCAUCCCUUGCGACCCUUCGGACUAUGCAAUUUGGUCUUAAACCAAA